CAAAUGAUUGACUUUGAAAUUUGCGUACACCCACAGUUCAUACGCAUUCUUUGUUUUUCCAAUACACUGUUCAUAGUUUUGGGGCAUUCCUUUUACACGUUUCAAGGGAUAUUGAAUUGUCUUCCUCCCCAUUUUUUCUGCCAGAUUCUCCUUCUGAAUUUUAAAGCUUGUUUCUUUUCUUGAAUAUUUUUGCUUACCCAAAAAAGAUAAAAAUAAAAAGAAGACAGAAAGUGAACAAAGGAAAGAGCUUGAAUGAGUUUUGUAUAUGUGAAAGAAUUUCUGAUGAUGAGCUGUAAAAAUGAUUGCUUUUGAUCGAGUUGGGGAUCUUAUCUGAUCUGGGUCUGCUCUGCUAUAGCUCUCUCACCAUUGUUGCACUUUCAAGAAUCUCUGUCUGCCUCACCUGUAUAUAAUAGAAUUGAGGAACCUUCAGUUUCUGAAUUUGCAAGUUUUAGCUGGAACAUUCUGGGGCUGCAGAAAUGCGUGUUAAGAAGUUAAUAGGCUAUGAGCACAUAACAUUACACAUUAUGGGUUGGCUGAGCAAGAUUUUCAAAGGGGGCUCCAGCCACAAAAUUUCGGAAGAGCAUUGUCAUGAGAACUAUGGAGAGCAUCCAAAUACCGAUGGUCCUUCUUGCUCAGGGGACAUCUGGCCAGAGAACGAGAAUGAAGAUAUAGACCGUGCUAUUGCAUUAUCUCUUUUAGAAGAAAAUCAGAAAGGAAAAAAUGUGAUUGAUUUUGAUUCUCAGUUGCAAGAAGAUGAGCAACUUGCCAGAGCCUUACAAGAAAGUUUGAAUGCGGAGUCUCCUCCCCGAUAUGGAAAUGGAAAUACACAUCCUCCUCAAUAUGGAAAUGGAAAUACACAUCCUCCCCGAUAUGGAAAUGGAAAUGGAAAUGCGUACCCUCCUCCAUAUGAAAACGGAAAUGCAUAUCCUCCUCGAUAUGGAAAUGGACAUACAUAUCCACCUGUCCCCAUGUACUAUCCAAUUGGGUCCAGGAUUUGUGCCGGUUGCAAUGCCGAGAUUGGUUUUGGACGAUAUUUGAAUUGCCUGAAUGCAGUUUGGCAUCCAGAAUGCUUCCGGUGCCGUGCAUGCAAUGUACCGAUUUCUGAUUAUGAGUUUUCUACAGCUGGGAAUUACCCAUACCACAAAUCUUGCUACAAGGAGAGCUACCAUCCAAAAUGUGAUGUUUGCAAGCACUAUAUUCCAACAAACCCUGCUGGUCUUAUUGAAUAUAGGGCACAUCCAUUUUGGGUUCAAAAAUAUUGCCCAUCUCAUGAACAUGAUAAUACUCCUCGGUGUUGCAGCUGUGAGCGAAUGGAGGCGCGGGACACAAGAUAUAUAAAUUUAAAUGAUGGUCGGAAGCUCUGUCUCGAGUGUUUGGACUCUGCAGUCAUGGAUACCAGCGAAUGCCAACCCCUAUACCUUGAUAUACAGGAGUUCUAUGAAGGUUUGAAUAUGAAAGUGGAGCAGCAAGUUCCAUUACUCUUGGUUGAAAGGGAAGCACUAAAUGAAGCGAGAAUAGGAGAAAGAAAUGGCCAUUAUCACAUGCCUGAGACCAGAGGGCUCUGCCUUUCUGAGGAACAGACUAUUAGCAGGAUUUCGAGGCGGCCAAAGUUUGGGGCAGGAAACCGAGCCACUGACAUGAUAACAGAGCCCUACAAACUAACUCGUCUCUGUGAGGUGACAGCAAUUCUAAUAUUGUAUGGUCUUCCAAGGUUGCUGACUGGGUCUAUCCUAGCACAUGAAAUGAUGCAUGCAUGGCUGCGGCUUAAAGGUUACCGAACUCUUAGUCAAGAUGUUGAAGAAGGUAUCUGUCAGGUUGUAGCUCACAUGUGGCUAGAUGCCGAGCUUACGUCUGGCUCAGAAGGAAAUUCUGCAUCUACGUCCUCAUCUUCCUUCAGUUCCAAUUCAUCAAAGAAGGGCACGCGAUCUCAGUUUGAGAAGAAGCUUGGGGAGUUCUUCAAACACCAGAUCGAAGCAGACAUUUCCCCAGUAUAUGGAGACGGAUAUAGGGCUGGUCAACAGGCAGUGCAGAAAUACGGGCUUAAAAGGACCCUAGACCAUAUUCGAAUGACAGGGACCUUUCCUUGUUGAUGACUCAGUCCUAGAGUAUAUUGGUGCUUCUUUCUUUCCACAGAGUUAGAACCUGGCCUUCUCAUAUUAGAAACCAAGGCCAGAGUUGAUAGGAAUUGACUCUAAAGAGAAUCAUGGAUUGAAUGCUCAUUUUUAUGAUUUUGGCUGUUGCCAUGCAUCUACUUGAUGACUUGAUUUAC